AAUGAAUAGUAAUUUCCCUACUUUUCAGCUUCAACUUUAACGUUUCCACAUUAGGUUGGACGUUACUUGGGGGCGGGAACAAGGGGAAGUCAGCUCCUGGCUGUGAUUGGUUAACACAAGACAUGUGCCUCACACUGAUUGGACCUCUGCGCAGACUGUCUCUUCCCUCGUGAUCUGUGUUAGGAGGCACGAUAGAAGAGAUGAAUAGGCAGGGGGAGCCUGCUAGCAUCUGACUCUGAGAGGAAAAAAUGGACGCCGGAGGAAAAAGCCAGGGCAAGGAAGGCAGAAUGGCGAAGAGCUGUGGAGAGACGCCUGUUGCAGGUUUUGCUGCUGAGAGCAGCAGUCAGUUAGUGCGGCCACUUGAGUCACAGCUUGUUGAUCCUGAGGAGGCAAAACUAGAAAGUGAGGUUCAGAAAGGAGGCCCUGUCCACGAGGAGGAGGAGGGCAUGAAGCAGUGCCAGUUGCCCACAGCCACAUCUGCAGAACAGCAAGUACCAUGGUUUGGCUUUGAGAAAGCUUGUACAUUUGUGAGCCAGAGUGGGAAAAAUGUUGUUGUACGAUGCAAUUACUGCCUUCCAAGGAUCAAAAAUCUGAGAUCAGCUGUUUCCUCCUCAUCCAAUGUGAAGAAACAUUUUGAGAGGGCACACCCUGAGAAGCUGAGAGCAAUUGAAGAAGCAAUAAAGGCAAGGAGACGUGGCCUUCCUGAACCAAUGCAUGAGACCCCUCCUCCCAAAAUGCUGAAGCAGCAGCAGACAACCCUUGAGAGGUGGGGAUCUGGCAGGGAUCUGCUUCUUCUGGCAGCCUGCGUACACCCUCGCUUCAAACUAGAUCGACUGGAAUCGUGUCAGGCCACCACCCAUACCAACAAGUAAGAACAUUAGGGAAGCCCUUUGGGUGGAUUACUCCAAGGGAAAUGUUGUCUCAAGGGAGGCAUC